AUGGCGAGACUCACUCACGAUGCCGACUACGAUGCCGACCUAAUGUCUGGGAAUGUACCACUUCCACGGUCCGACUUUGGAAAUGAUCAUGUAUACAAUUUACUCCAGACUAGUCGCCCAGAAAAUCAAUCUCACCAUUUUCAGCAACAACAAAUUUCAUCUUACUCAACUCAUCAGGCCGCUGAGACGAAUGGACCUGGUACUAACACAAGUGCACUCGGCUAUAUUGAAACAGUGCCUGACCUCCCUCCACACCGUCGUCUUGAUCUGGACAGACCAGAUAAGAUAGGUAAGGUAUCUUCAAACAAAGGAAAUGCAAUUUUUAAAAAUGUUGUCAUAAAAGUAUUACUGAAAUUCGUAGGCACAAUAUGUUACUCUUAUUAG